GGUGCCAACGCCCUAUAAAAGCCUGCUUCCCCAGUCCUUCCCUGGCUGUUCUUUUCAUUCCCUAUUCAGCGCCCCAGCCCUGCACACCUCAACACUUCUGUUGAAACAACACACACACACACACAUAUAACCCACUCAUGCAUACACACUCCACACUACUGAUUUACUGACUUCCACAUCCCAUAUUUUGAAUCAUGAUUUGAACACUUGGUUUAUUUGAUAAAUACUUCAUUUGUUUGGAAAACUGUUGUCUCCCAUCUUUUUUGUUGCGUAGCUUGGCGCCCCUAGGCCAGGUGCAUAACAUGUGUGCACAGACGAUUAUCCUUUUAAAUACAAUUUAAAAAAGAGACGAAUGUUUUGAGUUUCCAACCUGAAUUCUCUGGUGUCUAUAGUGGAUUUCAGAAGGCCACACCCCAGGACGUCUCCCUGUCUCGCUCUUUUACAUGAGCUCACUAAUUUUACAUGCGGGUGAGCCUUAUUUGUUUCUCCUGUGAAGCCCAUGGGCCUCCUAAGUAACUUGGAUAACUUAGUUAAGGCUGAGCUUAGCUUUCAUACUGAUAUGCAUUUUCUUUCUAGGAUAGUUAUAUGUGCAUAUGUGGUAUAUGGGAUAUUUAUUCUAUAUUUAGUAUAUAAAAAAAAAAAGUGAGUUAACUAUGACUUUAAUGUGAUUAAUCGUGAUUAAAUAUUUUAAUCGCUUGACGGCACUAAUAUAUAUAUAUAUAUAUUUAUCUCGCAGUACAAUAUGUCAUUGUUUAAUAAUGAUAUGCCAGCCUCAUAAACUGAAUGAUGUUAUCAACUUGCAAACAAGCAUUUUGGUUUGUUAACAUGCUGAGAUGCUUUAAGGUUGCUAACCCUCCUGCCUAUAGCUAACACUUAGCCCUAUAGCCGGCUUUGCAUGGGUGUCCACUACUGGAGCAAACCUUACCUAAUAUGGGCAAUGCACAGAGAACAACUGAAAACAUGCCCAGUAUGUUAUUGUAAUGGUGUUUGGAUUCAGUUGGGAUAGAAUGUGUUAAAAAUUAAGCCAAUCAUUUUUGCCAUUUCUUAUUUGACAAAAAUACGUAUCCAAGUGUGACUAUUCCCAAUCUUUUGCAGGUGCAAUAAUUGUAGAUUUCCCUUCCCCGCAGAAACUUGCUUGAGUUGCUUGACUUUCCCAGGAGCUGUUCAUGUCGAGGCAAAUGUGUGUGUGUGUGUGGGUGGGCGUGGACAUGUACAACUGUGGGUUGUGCAGUAGCCAACAUAUCGCAGAAAGUCAAACCAAACUAAUUUGAGACUAAAGAGAAACGACAAUCGGUCCUCAACAAAAGUUGUGUGCUUGAUACUGUUUUAAUUUCCGAAAUAAUCCUCAUUUACAACCCAAGAGGCAUUUCAAUAGGUAAGUUUCAUGUUUUUGUGUGAUGGCUUCGCUGUCAAAACACAAAGAGGGAAUUGUGCAACGCUUAGUUUAUUAGGGGUCUACAUUCAACUCUGUCAAAGUGUUUUUCCCACUAAUUCUGUUUUGUUGUUUUCUAGCCAUGGCUUCUGCAAGUAGGCUGGUGACAGACAAGGACUUUCAAUGUUCUACUUGUCACUGUGUGUUCACUGAUCCUGUGGCUAUUCCCUGUGGCCACAACUUCUGCCUAAAUUGUAUCACAACACACUGGGAUACCAACAGGCUAUGCAGUUGCCCAUUUUGUAACAAGACAUUUACGGACAGACCUUUGCUCUGCGUCAACAAUCUGAUUGCUUCAGUAGCAGAAAAGUUUAGAGAGCCGCUGCCGCAGCAACCCGUCAUUUCAGGAGCAGGAUAUAUCCUCUGUAAUCUCUGCGGGGCAAACAAUACGACCCCAGCCAUUAAGUCAUGCCUCAUGUGUCUCCUCUCGUACUGUGCGACACACCAUGAGCCUCACCAAAGCACCCCGGCGUUAAUGAGACACAGGCUGAUCCAGCCGGUGGAGGAUCUGGAGGGCAGGAUCUGUAAAAUCCAUCACCAGCGUUUGGACUAUGUUUGCAGCAAUGACCAAAACAUAUUGUGUUAUGAAUGUCUUGAUCGAGACCACAAAAACCAUAACACAGUCAAGCUUGAGGUGUGGAUGAAAACAAAGCUGGACCAGCUGAAAGAUUCUCAAGAAAAGGUUGAUGAGUUGAUCCGACAGAGAUAG